UAUCAGGCAGGAUAUAAUAUCUAGUUUAUACAAAAGCAUUGAAUCAAAAAGAAGACAGAAUGACAGAAGUAGAGAAAGCGCUCAAACAAUGUGGGUUUGGACUAUUCCACGUUCGCUUGCUGACCACCUCUUUCUUAGGGAUGCUGAGUAUAGUAUUCGUCAGCAGCACCACUGCCUUUCUGCUGCCUGAUGCUGAAUGCGAUCUCAAGAUGGAUCUGGCUCAGAAAGGGCUCUUGACUGCUAUCCCUUUCAUUGGCAUGGCCCUCACGUCAAUAUUUACUAGUUUCCUCUCCGAUGCAUUUGGGAGGAAGCAGUCCAUCCUCACGGGACUUGGAGGGAUGUUCAUAUUCACGUGUAUAUCAGCAUCCAGCCAGUCGUUCGAGAUGUUGCUGACUUCGAAAUUCUUCGAAGGUGUUCUAUACUCAACAUACUUAUGCUCAUCAAUAUCCCUGGUUUCGGAGUUUUGUCAUAGCGGUAUACGAGACCAAGUGCUGCUAUUCAAUAACAUGCAGUCAUGUUUGGGAAUGAUCGUGCUAUCCGCUAUGUCGUGGGCUAUUUUGCUAAACGAAUGGAAAUACACUUUCUUUGGAGGACGGUUUGUCCUACACACAUGGAACGUUUAUUUGUACGCCAUGUCACUUUUCACACUGACGGCCUUUAUAAUGUUCAUAUUUGUGCCGGAGAGCCCUCAUUAUCUUAUAUCUCAAAACAAAUACGCAGAGGUCAGAGACGUAUUAACUAGAAUCUACAGAGAGAACCAUAGAAACAGUGGGGAUAAGUUUCCAUUCAAAGAUUUAUGGAAAGAUACAAUAACGAAUCAAGAAACGAAACUAAAGAUAUCAAAAACAUCAUUCGCUAACAAACUGGUUACAAGUCUUCAUAAAGUGAAACAAAUAUUUAAGAAGCCCCUUGUGUUUUACCUUAUUACUAUGAUUGGAAUCAACAGUGCGAUGUUGAUAAUCUACGAUGUUUUGAGACUUUGGUUGCCUCAAAUAUGGACCAUAAUUGAACAUACCAGCUUUGAGACCGAUGAUGGACAAACUAGAGACAUUUGUCAACUGUUGGACUACUAUAAUAAUAAUAACAUGACGAUUUCUAAAAUUGAUAUUAAAAACACUACAACUGAAUGUAUUCCAAACAAAAGUGGAUACCAGACGUAUUUACUAAAUAUGAUGGUGAAUGGAGCGUCCUGCUUAUCAUUAAUUUUGUCCAGUAUACUGGUCAAAAGAUUGGGCAAGAAGAUAUUGAUAAUCACAGCGUCAGUGCUGGCUUUUGUAACCCUUGUAGUUUUGAGAUGGGCCAGUUCCAAAAUUGCAGUAAUAGUACUGCUUACUACAGUUAUUUCGGUUUCCAGUGCACUGGUAAAUUUGAACAGGAUCAUGGCGGUUGAAUAUUUUCCAACAUCGUCGAGAACCUUGGCAGUGGCUACAAUGAUGAUUUUUGGUCGAAUGGGUACAUUGUCAGGCAAUAUUGGGUUUCCUAUAUUGCUUAAAAUUGACAGUACUUUACCAUUUUACGUAAUGGACGCCGUUAUGUUUGGUGUCAUUAUGCUGUCGUUACUUCUGCCGUCGACGAAGAAAUGAUUCGCAAAUUGUCUUAAUUAUAUCUUAUUAAAACCUACUUAAGUGUUUGAUUUGUAUUAAAUGUUACUUAGGAACAUUUCUAAGCG